UUGAUCGUUAUUUAAUGGUUUUUCUUUUCCCGUUCUCAGUUUCUCACUCGCUCGCCGCUACUCGACAUCGUUCUUUGUGCUUUCAGCGGUAUCCUCGGCGAUAUCGAAUAUACGUUGUUGUUGUUGUAGUAGUAGUAGUAGUCGUGGUGUUUAAUAGUCUAUUAAUGAAAAUAAUAUUAUUAUUUAUGGAAUAAGAAUGAGAACGUAUUGCCCGUCGUCAGUACUAUGAAUUGCAACUAUUAUUAGUUAUUAUUACCACUAUCGUUGUUGUUAAUUGUUAUUCCAUUCGGGAAGGACACUAUUAGUCAUUAGUCAGUAAUCAAUCGAAGACCAAUGAACUAACGUCCCAGUCAUGCAAGAAAAAUUACCCAUAUCUGACCCUUCAGAUGUGCAAGUCGUUUCGCAGUAUCCAAAGAUGAAAAAUGAUGAUGGAUUUUCUAGAAACACAAGUUUUUCUUCCAUGAAUUUUGAUAUUUGCAGAAUAUGUCAUUGUGAAGGCGACAUUGACACACCUUUAAUAGCACCAUGUUAUUGUGCUGGUUCGUUACGAUUCGUGCACCAAUUGUGUUUACAACAAUGGAUUAAAUCAUCAAAUAUAAGAUGCUGUGAACUUUGCAAAUUUCAAUUUAUUAUGCAAACCAGAACCAAACCUUUUAGUCAAUGGGAGCAUUUAGAAAUGUCUGGCAUGGAGCGUAAAAAGUUGGUGUGUGCAAUGCUGUUUCAUAUAAUUGCCAUGACGUGUGUUUGUUGGUCACUCUAUGUCCUUAUGGAUCGGACAUUAGAGGAAGUUGAACGUGGACAGUUGGACUGGCCAUUUUGGACAAAACUUAUAGUUGUGGGCAUUGGCUUUACAGGUGGUGUUGUUUUCAUGUACAUACAGUGCAAGUCAUAUUUUAUGCUUUGCCAAAGAUGGAAAGCAUAUAAUAGGGUAAUAUAUGUACAAAAUGCUCCAGAAAAACCACGUAAAAAUCAAACUAUACUUAUUGAUGUUGCUGAGAGUAGUUCAGUUGAAACUAAUGCAGUUGCAUCAAUUGUGCCUUUUAAACCACCUAUUGAACAAAACGAUGAAACCAGUAUUGAUCUCAAAGGUGUACGUAAUGUUCAUAUAUUUUUCAAUAAUGAAGAUAAUCCCAUAAGAUUUCAAGAGGUUGACAAUCGAGAACAAGAAGAUGUUGAAAAACCAAUUUCAAGUGAUACUGGAACCUCAUGGCAUAUACAGAUAGGAAAAACUCAAGGAGAAAAUCCUGAAGGUGAAUGUAAUCAAGCAGCUGUAUGUCAAAGCAAUCAGUCAGAUCCAUCUUUUUUAAAAUUGCAAAUUAAAACGGCAGAAAUAGUAAUCAAAUUUGGACAAAAUGAAACCGUACCUAACGAAAACGAGUUUGACAACAAAAAUGUUAACAUUCAAAUUGAAGAAUCAAAAUCUAAAAAUGACGUGCCUGAUACUACAAAUCCAGUUCAAAUACGAUUGGAUUUUGGAAGAGAUAAAAACUAUGAAGACAUUGAUGAAACCCAUGGGUCUCCUUCUCAAUCGCCAUUAUUAUCAUCUAGAAGACUCUCUAACUAUAGAGAUGAUAAAUAACAACUCUAUACACUUAUUAUAAGCUAAUCUGUGAUUUAACAGAAAAUAAAACAUCAUAGAAUUUA